UUAAAUCGUGUUUUAAAUUCAUUGCCUUUUUUGUUAUUCUUCAAGGAGUUUAUACAUACAUUUUUUUUCCUUUGCAUUUGCCAACUCUACCUAAAAAUUUUCUCUCUUUAUUAAUAUUUUUCUUACGAGAAAAAGAAUGGCAGAGUUUUUUGAUGAUAUAAAUAGUCCGUUUUUUGAUGAUAAAAAUGGACCCGGUGUCCCCUUUAAAGAAUUUACAGAUCCUCAAAAUCAACUUGUAAAUUCCGAAAACCACAAUGCAUAUAGUAUUUACUGUGGACAAGGUUGUCGGAGCCUUAUUUUACGUGCGAAUCUUGGAAAGUGGGUUGAAAGAUCAAAGGAAAAGUUAAAAUUACCUGAUGAAAAUGAAAAAGAUACAAAAGAAUCCGACUCUGAAAAUUCUUCUGAAAAUUCUUCUUCUGAAAAUUCUUCUUCUGAUGAUGUUACUCUGAAUCAAGGAUUUUGGGUAUUGAAUGAUGUAAUGGCAUUUGAAAAUAUCAAUGUCACGAACACUAUAGUUACGGGAAUUAGAUAUUUAUGUUGUCCUAGAUGUAAUAAUAUAAAUCCAUUAGGAUAUAAUGAUACCAAUACGAAGAUGAAUGAAUAUUUGAUUGCUGCUGACCGGGUCAGUUAUUUACGGGAAGAAUAAAUUUUCGUUUUUAUUAACGAGUUAUUGUUGAUUUUUAUUUCAUUUUAUUUUAUUUUUUUUUGUAAUAAUAAUUGUCUUAAUUUUCGGUUCCUAUUUUAUAACUUAUAUAGAAUGGGACAUAUAUAUUGUGCUUCAAAGUUAUAUGUUAUCAUUUUAUUUUAAAAGUUGAAUAAAUCAGAUUUUAUUUGAACUUAUCGAUCUAUUCGGUGAUCCUUUUAUUUGAUUAAUUUCUUAAUGCCGUAAUGCC